UUGACUUGUUUGUGGGUGCGCGGAGCAGGGGCGUAGCAAAACAGUCGAAUUAAGAAAAAAAAAUGGGUGCGCCUAGAAAUUAAUGCAGUGCGCGGAGAAAGUGCUUUGUGUUAUAAAGGGUUUUUCACGCGAUAAUAACGAGGGUUAUGCUCAAUCCUGGUGAACAAAAUCGUACUGGGCUCGGCGCCGUCUACCCGGAUUCAUCUGAAGUAAAAGAGAAGAUUGAAGAUUAAUAGGGCAAGCGGUGGUGAGUGCUUAUAAGCCGAUGUCCUCCGCUGCGCAGUCGGCGUAAGAUCGUUGCUUGUUCUGGACUGUUUUAAUCGAGGGUUGAAUUGCCUGAUACAUAGUGUGGAGUUUGCGGUUCCUGUCUGAUACAGCUAUGAGCGACGAAAUAGCACCCGAAUUUAUGGAGGAUGAAUCUGAAUCUGACACUUACAGUGGAGAAGAAAUGAACGAAGAUGAGCAAUUUUUUCUUGAACAGGAAGAGAUGGAAGUGGCUGGAAGAGGAGACCACACAAGUGACGACACGAGUGACGACACGAGUGAUGAAGACACAAGUGAUGAUACAAGUGACGACACAAGUGAUGAUGAAGAAUUUAGGGGGGAAAGGAAUGGAGAAACACAUGAACAGGAGGUGUCCGUUGAUCGGAUCAGUCGUUUGCCUGAUGCCCUGCUUGCUAGCAUCCUCUCAAAUUUGGAUACAAAGGAAUCUAUGGUUACUAGUGUGCUGUCCAAAAGAUGGAGAUAUGUCUGGAUGUUGGUGACAAAGCUCAAAUUCAGAGAAAAAAGUUUGGAGAUUGAGAAAAUUCGCAAAUUUGCAGCAGGGAUCAAUAGGAUCCUUGUUGUUUUUAACGCUCAAUAUGUCGUGAACUUUGAAGUUGAGCUCACCUACUAUGAAAAUUUUGCUGCAGAUCUUUUUGUUUGGGUUGUUUAUGCUCUGAAAUCUGAUGUGUUUGAAUUUAGUUUGCUGCUAAACCCCUCACCUUCCAAAGAUUUAUACAAGCUACCCAAUUUGAUCUUUGAUUAUCCACAUCUGAAAGACUUGUGGUUGAGAAGAUGCAUCCUGGCUCCUCUAACAGUAGUUGAUUGGCCUUCUUUGGGUAGAUUGUACCUCGAAGACAUAGAGUUGCCACAGGACGUACUCGACAAGAUUAUAGCAGGCUGUCCUCUUUUGUACAACUGUCUUCUAAGAUCAUGUUGGGGAUUCAGUCGUUUUGAGGCCAACAUUCAAAAGUUCACCUUGCUUGGGAUAGGAGACUCUGAAGAUGGAAAUAAGGAUCCCCUACUCGAAAUUUCAGCUCCCCUAGCACAAACUUUACUUCUUACCCCGUAUCUCCAAGGAAGAAAAUGGCGGGUCACAAACAUCUCUUCCGCAGUUAAAGCUACUAUUGACCUUGUUGGAUCUGAUUGGGAUCCAAGCUGUUCGGAAAUAUUGAGUAACACCAAAGAUUUUUUAGAUAACCUUCAGCAUGUUAACAAGCUCAACCUGGGACGUGAUAUCAUGCAGGUUAUAUCAAUGAUUGCACUGAAUAGCUUGGAGCUUUCACAUUCUACCCGACGGUGUUUGGAAGCAAAUGUCUCAUGCAAUGAUCUGGACAUUGAUGGUAUCAUAUGCCUGCUUGAAUCUUCUCCAAACCUUGAGACAUUGGUCAUAGAUGGCUAUAAACCCAAAAAGGUAAGUGUUCUUGUUCUAAAUGCAGGCUUGGAUUUAUGUUUAGGAGUUGCACUUUCAAUUGCUUAUGUCUUAAUAUAGAGUUGUUAAUCUGACACUUAAAUUUAGUUAUAUGAUGAAAUAUUGGUCGUAGACAAAGCCUCACUUUGUUUAGUAUUAUCUUUUUUUGGUAAAAGUAUAAUGAAUCUGAAGUGAGAGUUAAGAUCUUUAACCUAUUAAAGUAGUACAUUUCAAUAUUAAUCAGUAACUAAAUACUCUUUAUGCUUUGUAUAUCACAAAAGGUCAACUUUUAUAUUUGAAUUCAAUUUCGGAAUAUGUUAAUUUAUUGUCUUUGCUCUUACAGAAUAGCCCCUGUUUCGAUCCUGAAUGUGUAACAUAUGAUUUACGCUGUGAGUUAUUGAAUCUAAAGACAAUUGAAAUCACUAUAUGGCCGGAUCCAAAUUUUCAAGGUAAACCAAUGAUGACAUUGGCGCAACUUUUGCUCAAGGGGUGUACCGUCUUGGAAAAGAUGGUUGUUAAUGUUGUUGGUACAGAUGACUUUGUUAGUGUAAUACAAAAUCUGCUUGCUUACCCGAGAUCCUCACCAAAUGCAGUAAUCUAUGUUCCUUAAUGACUAACCCUGCAACACUGACGGUUUGCUGCUGUGUGGAAUUUGUAAUAGCAAUUUCAUAUUUUCGUUUUUUUGGUGGAGAUAAUUUCAACCAUGUAAACUAUCAUACAACUAUGGACUUUUUUUAGGGC